AGCUUUAUGAUCAGUUGCUGAAGGAAACCGAAGGUCUCAUGAGAAUAAAAUGAAAAUAUUAACAAGCUUACAUAGAAUCCGAUGAUUGAAUCUUAGUCUCAAAUCUGAAGGGACAGGACUAUGGACUAUUCCAAGUUCAAUGAUGAUGAUUUCGACCUAAAGAAGUGGGUAAAUGGUGCAUUAAAGUCAGAACAAAAUCCCAACACCCUUGUCAUGAAGCUGCAGCUGUUAAUGCAGGAGGUUAAUGGCUCACUAGAAGAGUCCACUGCUAACUUGCUGUCAGACAUACCACGUGUUGUAACAGAGAUACAGGGUCUUAACAACGAGGCUGUCUUGCUUCGUAACCAGAUGAACCUUGUUAAAAGUGAUAUCAGCAAGGUUCAACAAGAUACAGUAGAAUCCAUGUCAACAGUCGUAGAACUGGACAAGAUAAAAGACAGGAUGUUAGUGACAGAAAAGAAGCUAAAACAGGCAGACAACUGGUGUGUUCUGAACGACCAGAUAGACCUCCUCUUUGAAGAGCAGGAUCUAGAGGGGAUAUCAGAGAAGCUGGGGGAGAUGAGAGACGCUCUAGCGGGACUUGUGAACUUACCAGACUAUUCUGAUAGAUGUGAUAGACUUAACAAUCUUUCAAACAGACUGGAAGCUAUUCUUAGUCCUAAACUUAUAUCCACUUUCAACAAUGACAAAUCAGAAGACGCCCGCUUGUACUACAAGAUAUUCAGCGACAUGGGACGGCAGGGUGAACUGUACAACUACUAUCACCGAACACACAAGACAAACUCACAGAAACAGUUCAACAUGUUGAGAACUAGUGGUAGUGUUGAUACCUGGUUACAUGGCUUUUAUUCCUCUGUUUUGGAGCUCUUUCACGCCCAGUUAUCGUGGACGAGUGGGAUAUACACAAACCACACAGCGGUGGUGUUAUCUCUGGUAACACUUUGUUUAGAUAACACUGAUCUACAACACGAGAUCAGUAACUUCCUGUCUGACUCUCAAACUCCAGUACUCGCUCUCACUACCUUACUCGAUAUUGUGUACAGAUUUGCCAACUCCUUAGGACGUGAACUAACAGAGGUUGAUAACGAAAUAACAGAAAAACUAGGAAGAUCCAUCAUAUCUCCUUACAUCAGACAUUUAACUUCUCUUGGUGACAAAGUAAAGUCAUCCCUGUUGCGAGAUGUGCACUCUCUAGCGAUGAGGGUAAAGCGAACAAGCUCAGAUUCAGUCUCAGAAUUACACUCUAGUACUAAACGUGUAGUGGCACAUGUUAAAGAUUGCAUACCCCAAUGUUUGAAUCUGACCAAUGGUUACACUCUUGUAGAUGUGGUGUCAGCUAUUGAGUUCUACUUCGAUCUACUCGUGGAAAAAAUAAACAGUUUCAUCAGGGAAAUGAGGGCCGCGUUUGGAGUGGAGGCCGGAUCACAGUCGAUGUUCCAAGAAGACCAUUGGGUCGGGUUCCAGUCAUGCUUCAAACUAUUCCAAAUCUUAGGUGAAUGUUACACUGAUAUUAAGAGCUUGGAAUCGGAAUGUAUAGAAACGGUGAAGCAACAUGUAACGAAAGGUCCUGGCUUAGUCACGAAAAUUGACACUUGGCUUGAGGCAGAUCCACUUAGAUACGGAGCCAACAAAGCACUGCUCGACUCUCUGAUUGAUGGUUCGAAGAUCACACUAUUCGAUAAAACGAUGGAACUGUUUAAGAAACCAAUUAACAAUUGCAACAAGCUCUGUGUUGACUUUGUGUUGUUCCAUGUCAAGUCCAAUUUAAACGGUGUCCACUUGAGCGAAGAGUGGGUGGUCGACGAAGGAGCAGUGUUCAGUCCUUCUCCUCUGACCUACAUAACAAGUCUAGGGGACUAUCUGUUGUUGCUGCCCCAACAACUAGAGCCAUUCUUCGCAGAAGAGAACAUUCCUCUUGAUACCGCUCUUAUACUGGUCGACUUCACUCAGUUCCCUGGCAUGGCUCAAGACGUGGAGGGAGAUGCAUUUGCUUGGUUAACAUGUGUUUGUCAGAGCACACUGUUCACUAUUGUUGAGAUGAUACUGAAGAUACACCGACUAUCGGGAGUGGGAUGUAAGCAACUUACUGCGGAUGUAGCUUAUAUCAGCAAUGUGAUGGGAGCUCUAGAGGUCCCAUUAUCACGUGACAUAGUGGACAUAUCCAGACUCCUUUCACUUCCCAUAGACCAAAUUGACAGUGCUGAAACGCAGAACAUACCUAAGUACCUCCGAGGAAAGAUCUCAACCAUGAGGCGACCAGCCUAUUAAUUAGUCAAUACCAUAAACGGGGCCUUUGUUGACGGGAGCAUGUUUAUUUUCCUAAAUUAACACUAGUACUGAAUGUUUAGGUUUAUGCAUGCUGUGAACUGUUAAGUUGUUAUUUUGAAUUCUAAACCUUUAACUGAAAUUGUAAAUUUGUUCUGGCAGGCAGUGAGCUUUGAGAAUGUUUUGAAUGUUUAAUUAUUUUUGCAUGCUGUUAAAUUAUUUGUUAUUGCUAAUUCUAUGUUUAUGAUGUAAUUUUAAUUUCAGAUUUAAAAUGAUCAUCACGAGAGUUAACUCAUUAUACGCGUUCAUUUUUAACUUCAAUGUUGUUAUAGUUAUUUGUGAUUCUAGUUUCUUUACAUUUUUAAUCGCAAUUAUCAUGUAGGAUGGCUGUUAAGAAAUCAGCGGCCGUUUCCAAGGCCAAGAAUGCCAGCAAAGCCGUAUUGAAGGGCGGCAAGUUCACGCUGAAGAAGAAGAAGGUCAUGACAAGUGCCACCUUCAGGAGGCCCAAGACAAAGAUCACCCCCCGUAAACCCAAGUACGCCAGAAAGUCAGUGAACACCAUCAACACUGCCAAGUUGGACAAAUACAGCAUCAUCCAAAAUCCUCUGACCACCGAAUCAGCGAUGAAGAAGAUCGAAGACAACAACACGUUGGUCUUCCUGGUUAACACACGUGCUAACAAACCCCAGAUUAAAAUGGCCGUCAAACAGCUUUAUGACAUUGACGUCGCAAAAGUCAACACUCUUAUCAGGCCCGACGGACAGAAGAAAGCCUACGUGAGGUUAGCGCCGGAUUAUGAUGCCUUGGACAUUGCAAAUAAGAUCGGAAUCAUCUAAAUUAUUCUUGACAUUUUUUAUCUAUGACAA